UUUCUGGCUGCUCCCCGCGAUGGCCUAGGCUUGCGCGCGCGCAGCCAGCCAGCCAGCUAUCCUCCCUCCCCCCACGCCGAGCUAAGCUCGCGCAGCCGACGACGAGCUCCGACGGUCCGUGUGUGGUGGUAAGAGAGCAGAGCGGAUCGAGGCUAUAGUCGUCGGUGAGGAGACCGCCACUCAGUGUUCCAAAAGUCGGCAGGCGCACCACGGCACGAUCGAACCCGAGCAACGCCGCUCUGCGUGCCGUAGUCGUCGUCCUCCUCCUCCUCCGCGAUUGCACAGCCGAAAACGAGUGUAUCAUAUUUGCACAGAAACAAACACUGCGCGAGGCGGACACGUUCUGCGGACGUCGUCUGCUGCAAGCUCCCCCUCGCAGCCCCUCGAGUUAGACAGUCGUUGCAGCAGCAGCAGCAGCAGCGGCGCAGGUGGCGACGACGCAACAAGACACGUACGCAGGGGCCGAGGAGAGAGAGAGAUAGAGAUAGAGAGAUAGAGAGAGAAAGAGAGAGAGAGAGAGAGAGAGAGAGAGAGAGCAGCGAGAGCUUGCAGUGUGAUAUACUCCGAAGAUGCGGAGGCUCGCGCUCGUCGGCAGCUAGCGGGAGUCCAGCAGAGGCAGUCGUGCGCGGAUACGGAUUACGACGAUUGUACGCGUAGAAGAGAGGAGUGCGCGUGUGUGCAGGUGUGCUCGCGCGUGCGGGCGACUGUUUUUUCGGCGCGAGAGCGAGAGCGAGAGAGAGAGAGAGAGAGAGAGAGAGAGAGAGAGAGAGAGAGAGAAAGAGAGAGAGGGGGGGAGAGGAGGAAGCAUCUCGCUUAUCUUAUCUCCCUUAUUGCCGAGAGAGCGCACGUCGCGAGCCAGCGGCUCUGUAGCGGACAGCAGUCGAGCCGGGAGAGCGCGUUCACGCGGAGAGGAAGAUGCCACUACGCAGAGGAGUGCAGAGAAGCGAGCAGCAGCCCCAUCCGACCGAGGCGAGCACGACGAGCCCGCGGCUCUUCGAUUAACUAUACACACGUACGCGCUGUAAGCCGAGAGCGGUGUUGUCGGCCCCCCUCCCCCUUUUUGGGAAAUACGAAGGAGGGAGCGAAAAGCAGCAGCAGCAGCAGCAGCGAGGGUGGAAAAACGACGCCCCCGACCCCCCGAGCGUAGUAGUGUGUCAGUGUGUUUCGUCCGGUGGUGUUGUCCGGUUCAUUCGCGUGCGUGCGUGGCGGAGAGCGCGACUUUUCCGGGUGCUCUCUCUCUCGCUCGUUUUUCGCCGUCUAUCCAUCCCAGUCCACGCUCUACAUAGAAGCGCGGUGAGCUCUACCCGAUGAGCGUGCUGCCGCUGGAUCGAUAGUUCCGCAAGCUCGGCUCUCUCUCACUCCAGAGCUUUGCAGGCGCUCCGUUAUAAGGACGGUGCACCACUACUAGUGUACGCGGGCGCCACUGGCGCUGCCACUACACCGCUGCCGCUUCUUCUUUAUUCAAAACAAACCUGCGGUCCACGCGAGCCUGCUGAUGAAUCGCUGUCUCUAGGCUCGCCGACCCACCAUUAGUUCAGCCGGAAGAACGAGAGAGAGAGACACAGUGAAAAGAAGAAGAAGAAGAAGUAGAAGAAAAAAAGAAGAAGUAGAGGAAGAAGAGGAGCAACAGCAACAGCAACAACAACAGCAACAACAACAACAACACUUCACGGUGGACCACCAGCUACUUUAUAUGGGCGAUUACGCGGCGACGAGUCUGUUCUCGCCGGCAGCCAGCAGCCCCGUCAACUCUAUCCUCAACCAGAGCCUCAUCAUGCAGGACGAACUGCUGAUCGAGAAGCAGCAGCAGCAGUCGGCUUCGAGCAAGUCCUCGGCGCCGCUGUCACCGGGUGGCAGCAGCCUCGACACCGGCAACGAAAAGGCCGCCAAGGAGGCCAGCGACGCCGAGAGCAUCGCCAUAAGCGCCGCCAGCUUGACUUCCUCGAGCUCCUCCUCGUCGACCGUCAUCGUGGACAAGGACCCGAUCAGCAUCAGCACCAGCUCGAGUGCACUGCAGGGCUUCAGCAACGAGGCCAACGUGCGGGUGCCCAGCCUCUGGGCCGACGACACCCCCACGAGCUUGCACGCGCUGCCGGUCAACGGCUCGAUCGCGGCCUUCCAGAACUUCCCCACCAACAGCCCGGCUGGUCUGUUCGCCAGCUCGAGCGCGGCAGCGGCGGCCGCGGCUGCUGCCGGGGCCCGACGAGCCAUCACCGCCAGCCACAACUUCCCUCAGCAGCAGCAGCAGCAGCAACAGCAACAGCAGCAGCAACAACAGCAGGGCAACCACGGCGGAGGCGCCAGCGUAGCCCCCGGAAAUCGGCACAGCCAGCUCCAGCAGCAGCAGCAGCAGCAGCAGCAACAGCAGCAGCAGAACUCGCAUCCAGGGGUGUACCUCCAGGGCAAGGGCUACGCAGCGUGGUCGGGCGGUCCCCAGGCCGGGCCGCAGCAGUGGGGCCAGAAUCCGGCAGCGCACUCGGCCGCCGCGGCCAGUCCGGCCUUGUCGCCCUGGAACCGCGGAAGGUCAGUGCCGAAUCUGCCGCCGCUGCACUCGAACCUUCACGCAGCGGCUGCCGCGGCGGCGGUGGCCAAUCUCCAGGGGAGGAAGCCCAGUCCGACCUUCGCCGGACAUCCUGGACCCACGGCCCAUCAGUCCAGCAUCAGUCCGGUCAAGUUUCGCCGGAGCACCUCGUAUCCGGGCAAGGGCAAUCUUUACCCCAUGCAGACGGCGCCGACGUUCGAGGUCACCGCUGCCGACGAGAGGGACCUGCUGCAGAUGCCGCCUUAUCAGCAGGUAUGCGCACAGAAUAACUCUCGUUAUAAAAAUCGAAAUCAGCAGUACAUCGAGCGGAUGACGGCAAAUGGAAAUUCACCGCUGGAUAGCAUGCGAACACUGGAGCAUUACCUGAGCGACAUUAUGCGAGCCGGAGCGGCCGACACGCCGGAGCAUCUCAAAGGAUUCAUAAACUGCAACACCAACGCGCUACAGUCACUCUCGCAGUUACACGGUACGUAUCCAUUGCGCCUCCCGCAAUUACAUUACGAAACAGCUGGUACGUUUCAACCGUUCGAAGAUCAAUCCCGUACUAAGAAACCCAAACAUUUCGCUCGUCAUAAUCGUACGUUUCAACCAUGUGACGAUGUAACCUAUGGCUUAAAUCAUUCGAAUGCAAUUCUGCAAAAUCGCAAAUCCCCGUUCUUCCCGAGCCUGGACGACCCGGGCAGUAACCUGCUGGAGGACCCGAACUCGGCCGGUCCUCUCGAUGGCGUUGGCGUGAACGUGAACGUCGGUGUUGGAGGCAUCGGCGUCGGAGGCAUGAAUGCGCCCCAGAACGCGCCGCUAUCGUCGCCCAGCCGUAGCAGUCCUCACAGCCAUGACAGCGAGACCGGCGAGAGAUUCUCCAGGAAGGUUUUCGUUGGCGGCCUUCCGCCCGACAUCGAUGAAGAUGAGAUCACAGCCAGUUUCCGGCGUUUUGGCCCGUUGGUCGUCGACUGGCCACACAAGGCAGAAAGCAAAUCGUAUUUUCCACCUAAGGGAUACGCUUUCCUACUUUUCCAGGACGAGGCUUCAGUGCAGCAGCUGAUCGACGCCUGCAUCCAGGAUGACGACAAGCUUUACCUGUGCGUAAGCUCACCGACGAUCAAGGACAAGCCGGUGCAGAUCCGGCCCUGGCGACUCAGCGACGCGGACUACGUCCUCGACGCUUCGAUGCCUCUCGACCCACGCAAGACCGUCUUCGUCGGCGGCGUGCCUCGACCUCUCAAAGCUUUCGAGCUGGCCAUGAUCAUGGACCGACUCUACGGCGGCGUCUGCUACGCCGGUAUCGAUACCGAUCCCGAGCUCAAGUAUCCCAAAGGCGCUGGACGCGUCGCUUUCAGCAACCAGCAGAGCUACAUCGCAGCCAUCUCCGCGAGAUUCGUCCAGCUUCAGCAUAGCGAUAUCGACAAGAGGGUCGAGGUUAAGCCGUACGUUCUAGAUGAUCAAAUGUGCGACGAGUGCCAGGGCCAGCGUUGCGGCGGCAAGUUCGCUCCAUUUUUCUGCGCUAACGUUACUUGUCUGCAGUACUACUGCGAGCACUGCUGGGCGACGAUCCACUCGCGGCCCGGUCGCGAGUUCCACAAGCCGCUGGUGAAGGAAGGCGCGGAUCGGCCGCGAGCCGUCCCCUUCCGCUGGUGUUAACCCCAGUCGCAAGUGCUGCAGCACGAGCAGCCGCACCACCAAUACCAUCACCAGCAGCACCAGCAGCACCACCACAACCAUCACCAGCGUCGUCGCCGUCACUGAGAGACGCGCGCUCGCUACCGAGAGACAACAAGAUACGAUUACCCAACUCUGUGAGCCAGUCCUCCGCGAUAGCUAAUUUCGAAAAACCAAACCACGCGGGGGUCGGCCAAUGAAUUUUUUUUUCAUUUUUUUCAACGGCGACGCGAGCUUGCUAUCAGAUACACGUGCGCCGAUCGUCGUCACGAGCAGACAUACCGGUCGGGAAAUGGAGAGAAAGAGAGUAGGAGAGAUAGAGAGGAAGACGCAAGGCAAAACCCCACACUCAAUUACUACUGUUCUAAUGCUACUCUAUCAGAAGGAACUCUCUACCACUACUACUGAAACUAUGCUAUUACGAUAGACGGAAAAAUCUCUAUUCCUAUCUACUACUCCAUUCAUUACUCCCGCAGACAUCUUUCGCGGUCUGUUUUUAUUUCUGCGAGAAGAAAGAAUAAGAAGAAGAGAAAAGGAUUGUCGCCUCGUCGAGCCUUCUCCCGUGUUUUUUCAUACAGACGUGAGACUUGCGUCGAGGCGAUUUAGGAAAUUGAAGAAGAAUGAAAGAAGAGGAUCGAUAUAUAUUAUAGAGAACAAGAGAGUGAGAGAGUAGAUGUCCGACGCUCGGUUGUUUCGUUCUUAUUUCGUUUAUCCGUUUUUCCGUUUUGUGGUGAAUGUUGAAAUAAUCGAUAAAUGGAAAAUCCACGCUUUACCGCUGUGUGUUUAGGAAAACCAAUUUUCUCUGUAUCACAGUUUCUCUAGCACUUAAGGAUCUUUAUUAACUACGUUUAAUGAACAAAAAAAGAUAACAAAUACACAGACACACUCACGAACACUUAACUAUACGUAGGUACGUUACUGUACGUUAUUAUACGAGCAUACGUGUUUUUUGAAGGAAAACUACGACGAGAUGAUAAGGAUGAUGAAUUUUAAGGGGAGAUUGUGUGACGCGAAGAGCCGCUAACUUUGGAUCCGUCUCUCGAUUGUUUCUACUAAUUGCGAUAUUUCUCAAUCACCCCCGCAAUCGAUGCAUGAAUUUAUUAUUCAGUUGGUCCCAAAAAAAGAUUUCUCACUUGCAAAUACAUAUAUAUCAAUUAUAUGUUAGUACAACGGAGACCCGCGUGAAUUGUAUAUAAUUUAAAUGAAUUAUGUAUGAUUCGAAUGAAAUUAUUUUUCCGAGGACUUUGAAUAUCCGCAUUUAAGUUUUUUUCUUUUUUUUUCUUUUGCUGAUUCGAUAGUUCAGGAACAUCACGUAGAAUUGACUACUGAAUUAACUACUCGCCGACGGAAGUGCGCGCUUUGUAUUUCAAUUUAUUGGUUUUAUAAACUUAGAGUAUUUUUACCUUGCUCAUUUUUAUUAUUAUUUUUUACGCUAAAAAAAAACAAAAAUCUAGUAAAAUUUUGAAAAAAUUUAUAUUCAUACUGUCGUAUUGACCUUUUCGACGGCGAGUUGUGCCAGUGUGAUGUAUCUGAGCAUAAAUUUAGAUGAUAACUUUCGAAUGCAAUUGAAAAUCGACUCGUUCGAACCUUCGAGGCUCAUUAAGCACCUCUUUUUUACCAAAAAUAUAACUUGUAAGCGUUUAUAUUCUAAAAUUAAGCUAUAUUAUGAUUAUAUUUUCGUACAAGAGCACACGAGAAGACAAUAAAACAACUAAUCUUCGAGAAAAAAAAUUCGUGCUUCGUACAAAACAAGACUUCAUCGCGCGAAGAAAGCCAUACUAAUGAACUGACUGCUUGUUUUGUAAUCUUCUGAUCUUUAUUGUAGUUUUUACACCAUUCGUAAAGUUGUAAGUGCGAUAUUUAUUUAUAAUUUAAUGUUGUUUCUAUUGUACAUUAUUCAUUAGAUUGAGUUGAAUAAAUGAUUUAAAGUUUUUUAUUGAAACGAGGUUUUAUGUUUGCGAUAGUUUUUACUUUAUUUUUUUUAAAUUUGCCAAGUUAAAUAUCAAAAAGCCAGCUAAAUCUUUUGCUGUUAUUGAUUUUCUAUUGAAUCUAAAAACUUGUUUCAUUAUAAUCAUCAAGGCUAUUAUUAUCUAUUGACGGCAGAGUACCUUAGUACUCGAGUGAAAAAUUCAUACAUGAUUCACGUAAGCUUCUUGAUACAGUUGUUGAUUUUGCUAUUUUGAAAUUAAUGUUCAAGAAUCGUUCCAACUGAAUUAUUGGAAAUUACAUAAUAAGCAACCAACUAAUUAAUUGUCUGUGCUAUGAAGUUCUGACCCAUCAGCAGUCACGUUCCGUGUAGAAUCGUGAAAUCAAAGUUUUGAAAAGAAAACGGAACCGAUGAUGAAUAAUCGAAUCAGCAAAACUCAAGGGAAAGAAAAAAGCUUUUAAAUAAACUAUAAUAAACGAAAGAGAGAAAAUCGGAAAAGUGCGAGAUGAGUAGCUCACCCCUCCUCAUGUAAAUAAUCUAGGAAAAAGGAAUCGGAACAGAUCCCCGAACAUUGCUAUACCUGCCCGCGCGCCGGCAGCGCUGAAUAUUUUUUUCUUUUUCUUUUAGAGAAAAGAAACAAGUUUUUUUCUCUCUAAAAAAAGACGUAAGCCAAUACACGAAACACACACUUAAUCACGAUUUCUUAUCUCGGUGUAUAUAAUCAAACGAAAAGUAACAGUUAAUAAGUAUAAAAUUAAUGCAAUCGUGUAGUUCAAAUUGAGAGAGGUGUCGAGAUGUUGUGUGUGAAAGAAAAAAAAUAAAAAUGGAUAUUACCUACGGCGUAGCUCGUUGCAAUUGUAAAUGCAGAUAAGUGAGCGGCGACGAUAAUUUUCUUUUUGUUUUCCACGAUGUAAUUCUAUAAAUAUAUAUCGUCAACGCCAGAUGCAUAUAAUAGGUAUGACGGAUUUUGAGUAACGUAGGCAAUUUAUAUAAUUGUUAGAAUGUAUUUUACUAAUAUAUCACUGAUACAUUAUUAGAAAAUAUAACAUGAUUAGUGGUAUGUUAGUAUGACGAAUUCGAAAAAUUAUAUAAAUGAACGUUACUAAGUAUAUAUACGAAGAUAACCAUAUGAGGAGUUCGUUUCGCGUAUCUUCCCGCGACUUGACGUUUUCAAUCUAAAUGCACACACAAAACACAUAUUUAAAAAAACAGACAUACACAUACUUGAGUAUUUAAAAGUAUAUAAAGUACCUACACAAUAACACGCAGAAUAUAAUAAUAAAUAAUAAUAUUAAUAAUAUUUAAUAAUAACAAAACAAGUAACGAGCGUUUGAAGAAGAAUUUUCUCGGCGAAACCGAAAUAACCGUACAUAAUUGUAAUCCGAAUAUUUUUAAGAAUAGACAGUCUCGGCGGUGAGACAGUUUUUUUAUUUUUAUAUCGAUUUUUCGAAUUUAUUAUGAUAUUUUAUUUUUUUUUAAUAAAACAAGCAAAACGAAAGAAACAAAACACAUAAAACGUAGGUGAUAUUGAAAAAAAAAUAGAUAGAGAAGUCAAAGCGUAAGAAAAGAAUAGGGGCAAACCAUGCGAUGGGGAUUAUGUAGCCGAGAGAUUGCAAUUAGAAGUCGAAAAGCUCGUUUUACCGUCGAAAAAGCGCAACUACGCGAAGAUGGUGAAAAUCAGUAUAUAGCUAGCAAGCAAAAACGAUACUUUGAUGGAUAACAUAAAAGAAAUAACAAUAUAAACAACAAAAAUUAUAGCGUCUUUGGAAGAUGAUGAGUGUCGUAAUCGCAGAAGAAAGAAGUCAAGAGAGAAGCGAGGAAGAGAAACAAUGAGGAAAAUAAAAAAGUAAUCUCCACAUCUAUAUAUAUAUAUAAAUAUACAUAUAUAUAUAUAUUUAUUUUUUUGGUCUCCUUUUUGUAUAUAUAACUUGCCGCCGUAGGAUUUAGGUGGCAUUUAGGUGAAUCGCGCGAAAGUCGGCCGAUCGAUUGAUCUCUUUGAUGAGUCCAAUGGAAAACGAAGAUUGUAAAACAAAGCAAGAAAUAAAUAAAAAUGCGAACCUUAGCUGAAUUGAAGAAAAUGAUGAGUAAAUAAAUAAUUGUAAGAAUCGAUGGAAGCAAAAAACGAGAGUCGAGAAUAGCAUAUGGUAGGGGCAAAAAGUGAGGAAUCCUCUCUCUCGUUCGUCUGAAGACAAAACUUUAAAAGAGAAUGAAAGCGAAAAAAUGACCAAUAAUUAAUUUAUUCGUUCCACGAAUACAUUCGUUCAGCUCGUACGAAAAUUCGUGAGAUUCACGGAAGAGGCGAGAAGAAGAGCAAGAAGGAUCAGAAAUUUCUACAUCGGCGUGAAGAAAAAAAAUAUUACAUCUGGAAUUUUAACAAAAUAAGAAAACGAGCAUUAGUUAGUGCAAUUUAAACAAAAAUAAAGAAGGCAACAGAGCGCAAUUGAGUGCGUUACGAGGGCCUUAUUAAGAGAAAGAAAAAUUUAAUAAGAGUAAAUAAUUAGAGAUGAGGAGUCGCGAGUAUUGGAGAUGUAAAACUACGAUGAUUUGCCGGGAUUCUCGAUCUCUUUGCGCCUCUGGAAGAGGAAAUAGACAAAAAAAGAAUGAAAACGGACGAACGCGCGCGCCGCUCGCAGUUAAAUUUAUAAA